UCCACUUCCAUUCAUUUUAAUUCUCUCCAAACACAAAAAAUAAAAUAAAAAAUCAAACUCUCAAAUUAAAUCGAAAUCAAUGGCAGUAGAAGAAGCUGCUGUCAUGGUAACGGAAUCAACAGAGACAGUGACGGUAGAACAAACCCUAACCGUAACCUCCGUCACCGUCAAAACACAGACGUCAAACGAAGCCACAAUCGAAUCCAACACGGAAGGCGGCACUGAGUCAACUUGCAAUAACACUAACAACGGAGAACAACCGCCAGCUAUUAACUCCGACGAUUCGUUAGAGGAGGCGGUUGAGCUUACUGAGAAAGGAACUAAAGCUCUGGAUGAAAAUGAUUACGGCGAAGCUGUUGAGUGCUUCAGCCGUGCUCUUGAAAUCAGGGUUACACACUAUGGUGAGCUGGCAGUUGAGUGUCUGAGUGCUUACUAUCAAUAUGGGCGUGCUUUGUUGUAUAAAGCUCAAGAGGAGGCUGAUCCGUUGGGAACAGUACCUAAAAAGGAGAGUGAGAUUAAACAAGAAUCUGAUAAAGAUGGGUCUGUUAAGAGUUCUUUGAAAGCGGAAUCUUCGACUGCUUCUGCUGUUUCUAGUAAUGUCGAAGAGGAUGGGAAGAAGCCUGAUUCGAAUCACGGAGAAGGAGCGGUGGAUGAUGCUUCUGGAGAAGAUGGUGAGGAUAGUGAUGAUGAAGACUUGGCCGAAGCGGAAGAAGAUGGCGGUGAUGACUCUGACCUUGACUUGGCAUGGAAAAUGCUUGAUGUUGCAAGGGCAAUUGCUGAAAAACACUCUGGUGACACAAUGGAUAAAGUGGAUGUGCUCUCAGCGUUAGCUGAAGUUGCUUUGGAAAGAGAGGACAUUGAAACAUCGCUCAGUGACUACCAGAAAGCACUUCUCAUUCUAGAACGACUUGUUGAACCGGACAGUAGACAUCUUGCUGAACUAAAUUUCCGUAUAUGUUUGUGUUUGGAGGUCGGCUCAAAACCUCAGGAAGCAAUAACCUAUUGCCAGAAAGCUGUAUCAGUUUGCAAGUCAAGGCUAGAGCGACUUAGGAAUGAAGUAAAGGGUUCUUCAGAAUCUAAUAUAUCAUCAGCAGUUUCUGAAUUAGAUGACUCUGUUCAGCAGUCAUCCAAUGGCGCAGAAAACUCCUCCAUGACAGAUAAAGAAGCAGAGAUUGAAACACUUGCUACCCUAUCAGGGGAUUUGGAGAAGAAGCUGGAAGAUCUUCAACAGCUUGCCAUAAACCCGAAAUCAAUUCUAUCUGAAAUCCUGGGAAUGGCUUCUGCAAAGGCAAAAGAUGCAAUAAAAAUUCCAUCUUCUGCCAUUAUGAGUUCUUCACAGAUGGCCACUGCUGGCAGCAGUGGAGGUUUUGACUCUCCAACUGUUUCAACUGCUCACACAAACGGUGCUGCAGUCACUCAUCUUGGUGUUGUGGGAAGAGGAGUCAAGCGAGUGUUGACGAGUGCUAGUUCAACAGGAUCUAGCCCUGUGAAGAAGCCUGCAUCUAAUUCAGCAGACAAAGAUGACGGUACCCACUAGCAUUUCCAAAUUGAAAGGUCCUUGCUUUGGUCGUAGUAGUGUUCCGAACUCGUGUAAGUUCCGUUAUUCUGAUAUUAAUGUUCAAAAUACUGUGAUCAAGAAUCGUCAUGAACAGCUUGGUUGGUUCUGCCUAGGACUGUUUUCAUGAACAGCAUGCUGUUGUCCUAUGAAAGUCGUAGAAACUAUUUAACUAUAAACCUAUAAUUGAUCUUGUGAAAUGAGUCGACGAACAAUAUUAUCUAUUAUAAUAUCUAUGCAUAGAGUUUCUUGUU